AUGGACCGACGGGCGGGCGCCCACAGAGGCCGAGCCACGGACCGCGCCACCGCGGGGGCCCGGGCUGCCGCCUCGCCCCCGAUGGACUCCCCACAGCACCUGCGGAGAAAGCGCGUCGUGUCUCCCGUGGGCCGGGGGGGGGUGGGGGGGGCGGGCGGGGGGACAAUGCGUGGCUCUGUCCCGCGGCCGGGCGGGGCCGGGGUGAGGGAGCGGAAGGCCGCCCACCGCCAGCCCGCGGCUCCCAGGCAGCGGGAGGGGCACCCACCCGGCCAGGCCUCCCCCGGGUCCCUGUUCCCGCCCCCGGUCCGCGACCCCUCGAGGGUCCGGGCCGCCGCCCCCCGCCCCCGCGCCCGCUGUGUGUCUCCGGAGCGCCGGUCUCCCACCAUGUCCUGCCGCCCCGUCCUCGCCCACCGCCCCCUCCUCCUGCUCCUGCUCCUGACGCCUUCGGCUUCCCCGCUCCUCCCCGAGGCCUCGUCGACGGCAGUGGCCCAGGGGGUCGGGGCUCCCCGCAACCCCGCUACCUGCUCCGCCCUGUGCGGGAGGAGGUGUGGGGCCGUCGGGGGGGGCUCCGCGACCCUCCCGUGCGUGCUGGGGGUGGCUCCCCCGGGGGGAUUCGCCGUGCGCUGGAGCCGCGUGGACGCGGCCCGGGCGUCCGAGAGCCUGGUCCUGGUGCUGGCCGGCCGCGGGUCCGGCGCCGCCCAGCUGGCCACCCGGCCCUACGGAGCCCUGGGCGGCCGAGCCCGCCUGCGCCGGGGCCACCGGCUCGACAUGUCCCUGGUCCUCGGGCCGCUGCAGCUGGGCGACCCGGGACGCUUCCGCUGCCAACUCGUCCUGGGCCUGGACGACGAGAGCGUCGGGCUCAGUCUGGAGCUGGAGGGGGUCGUGUUCCCCUACCAGCCCCGCGGCGGCCGCUACCAGCUGACCCUGGCCCAGGCGGAGGAGGCCUGUGAACGCCAAGAUGGGCGCUUGGCUUCGGCCGACCAGCUCUAUCGGGCGUGGACGGAGGGUCUGCACUGGUGCGGGGCGGGCUGGCUGCGGGACGGCUCCGUGCGCUACCCGGUCCUGGAGAGCCGCGCGGCCUGCGGGGGUCCCGGGCUGCCCCCCGGCAUCCGAGUCUACGGGCCCCGCGACCCCCGACGGGACCGGUUCGACGCUUUCUGCUUCACCUCCUCGCUGACCGGCCGGGUGACGUUCAUCCCGGGCCGGCUGACCCUGGCGGAGGCGGGGCGGGCCUGCGGGGCUCGGGGGGCUUCGCUGGCCCUGGUGGGGCAGCUGUACGCGGCCUGGCGCUUCGCCGGCCUGGAUCGGUGCGACGGGGGCUGGCUGGCCGACGGCAGCGUCCGCUUCCCCAUCACCGACCCCCGGCCCCGCUGCGGCGGAGACCAGGACCCGGGCGUCCGCAGCUUCGGCUUCCCCCGCCCGCACCUGCCCGCCUACGGCGCCUACUGCUACGCCGAGACCCCCUUGACGACCCCUGACCUCUGAGCCCCGGACUCCCACCCUGAAGGCCCCGCUACCCCCCACCCCAUCCCCACCAGCAGCCGGAGGCCCAGGCUACGCCUCUCCGGUCUCCAAUCUGCCUUGUGUGUGUGUGUGGAGGGGGAGGUGUCUACACUGCCUGCUCAGGAGAAACUCCACCAGCUCAGGAAGACCCCCGGCUCCCCUUGCCCGCACUGCCCAACGGUGUAGACAGGAGAGCCGAUAGAGCCCCCACCUCUUCUUGUCAGGAAUCCAGUUCCACUACUGUCGGGAGGACAGGAGGCAAGUGAUACCUUGUGGAGAUUUCCCCUCUAGAGUGUGGAUCGGGAACUUGGCCAACAACUGUUCUUUUGUACUCUCCCAAGCUGUUAGUACAGUGCUCGGCACACAGGAAAGUGUUCAAUAAAUACCAUUGUUUAUCCUCUUGCCGGGCCCCAUCUCCAGCCUGGUGUCUGGCCUGGAAGAGCUGAUCUGUAUGUUGCCGACUUGUACUUUCCAAGCUGUUCGUACAGUGCCCAGCACACAGUAAAGUGUUCAAUAAAUACCACUGUUUACCCUCUUGCCGGACCCCAUCUCCAGCCUGGUGUCCGGCCUGGAAGAGCUGAUCUGUAUGUUGCCGACUUGUACUUUCCAAGCUGUUAGUACAGUGCUCAGCACACAGGAAAGUGUUCAAUAAAUACCAUUGUUUACCCUCUUGCCGGGUCCCAUCACCAGCCUGGUGUCCGGCCUAGAAGAGCUGAUCUAUAUGUU